AUGCCCCAGCCCCUGGGCCCUAGCCCUUUCCUGCCCUGCAGCCUGCAGUACCAGCACGCAGACACCUUCACCACAGGGCCCCGCCUGCGCCAGGAGCCGCCCCCGCCCCCCUCCGUCAUUGGGCCGGCCCAGCUCCCCCCCUCCGCGGGGCUGAGUGGACGAGCCCGUCCCCCUCGGCCCGCCCCUUCUCGGGGAGGUGCGGCGUCCGACGCUCAUCAGACUGUGCCACCGGGCAGAGGGCAGGGGGUACUCCUGUGCGGCUGGGGCGCGGAACCCACCGUCUCCGAGGCUGAGGCUCGGCCGAGCGCUGCAGACGACGGUUCGGCUGCCCGGCACCUCGGCAGCUCGACUGCGCGGCUGCCCGGCCCAGAGGCGGCGGGGACCUUAGCGGACGCCGUGAGCGGCAGCGCGCCGCCUCCCCCCGGUGGGAGCGGUGGUUGGGCCCGGCUGCGGCAGAGAGUUCGCUGGGAGAUGGCGGAGCCGCCGCGACGCGGCCCGAGGCCCCGAGAGCAGGGAAGCCGGGCAGCCCCGGGACGCGGCGGAGCCCGGGGACAGCGGGGAGGCCGCCCAGUCCGCCGGGUAUGAAGCUAAAAUGCAGUGGUGAAGAGCACGGGAUGUGGAGCUUGGCAGGCCUGAUUUUGAAUCCCCGUUCCUCCACUGACUGAGCUGUGUGAUCUUGGAUAGGAGGGGACGAGAUUGUGAACUCUGAUGACCUCU